AUGUCUGGUUCAUCUAAAAGACAUACUAAGAGUCAAUCAGCUUAUGCUUUUGAUAAUACAGCAACAACUGUUGCAGCUUCUCAAAUGAGAAAUGCAUUAAAUAAUUUAGCAGAUACGGUUGAAGAUCAAGAAGAGAAAAGAAGAUUUGAAAAUGAAAUGGAUAAUUUUUUUUCAUUAUUUAGAAGAUAUUUAACUGAAAAAGCUUCUGGUACAACUUUAGAAUGGGAUAAAAUUAGAUCACCAAAUGCUGAUGAAGUUGUUGCUUAUAAUAAAUUAGAAGAUGGUGAAGCACAAGCUGGGGAAAACUUAUCAAAAUUAGCUGUAUUAAAAUUAAACGGUGGUUUAGGUACCUCUAUGGGUUGUGUUGGACCAAAAUCUGUUAUUGAAGUAAGAGAUGGUAAUACAUUUUUAGAUUUAUCAGUAAGACAAAUUGAACAUUUGAAUAGAAAAUAUGAUGCUGAUGUUCCAUUAUUAUUAAUGAAUUCUUUUAAUACUGAUGCUGAUACUGCUAAAAUUAUUAAAAAAUAUCAAGGUCAUAGAAUAAGAGUUAAAACUUUUAAUCAAUCAAGAUUUCCAAGAAUUUAUAAAGAUUCUUUGUUACCAGUACCUGAUUCAUCUACUGAUUCAUUAGAUAGUUGGUAUCCACCAGGUCAUGGUGAUUUAUUUGAAGCAUUGGUACAAUCUGGUGAAUUAGAUGCUUUAUUAGAACAAGGUAGAGAAAUUUUAUUUGUUUCGAAUGGUGACAAUUUAGGUGCAACUGUUGAUAAUAAAAUUUUGUCACAUAUGAUUGAAACAGGAGCUGAAUAUAUUAUGGAAUUAACUGAUAAAACAAGAGCAGAUGUUAAAGGUGGUACAUUAAUUAAUUAUCAAGGAGAAGUUAGAUUAUUAGAAAUUGCUCAAGUACCAAAAGAACAUGUUGAGGAAUUUAAAUCAAUUAAAAAAUUCAAAUAUUUUAAUACUAAUAAUUUAUGGAUUAAUUUGAGAGCCAUCAAGAAUUUAGUUGAAACAAAUUCAAUUGAAGCUGAAAUUAUUCCAAAUCAAAAAACAAUAUCAAAAGGUCAUUCAGAAAUUAAUGUUUUACAAUUAGAAACUGCUGUAGGUGCAGCUAUAAGACAUUUCAAAGGAGCUCAUGGAGUUGUUGUACCAAGAUCAAGAUUUUUACCAGUUAAAACAUGUUCAGAUCUUUUAUUAGUUAAAUCAGAUUUAUUUUAUUUGGAGCAUGGUGCAUUAAAAUUAGAUCCAACAAGAGAUGGAUUUUCAAAUCCUUUAAUUAAAUUAGGUUCACAUUUCAAAAAAGUUUCAGGAUUUCAAUCAAGAAUUCCUCAUAUGCCAAAAAUUUUGGAAUUAGAUCAUUUAACUAUAACUGGUAAUGUAAGUAUUGGAAAGGGAGUUCAAUUAAAAGGUACAGUUAUAAUUGUUUGUAAUGAUGGUGAUAAAAUUGAUAUACCAAAUGGUUCAAUAUUAGAAAAUGUAGUUGUUACAGGUAAUUUAACUUUAUUAGAACACUAA